AUGGCAAGCUACACCGGCUGCGCCAGCCUGGGAGACUACACCGCGACCAAAGCCGGCGUGCUGGCCCUGCACGAGACGCUCCUCGCCGAGCUGCACACGCGCCACCGCUCCCAGAACGGGCACUGCGUCCAGGCCUCGAUCGUCCACCCGAUGUGGGCGCGCACCCCGCUCGUCGGGACCUGGGCGACACAGCUGUCCCGCUCGCGCCAGCAGGUCCUCGAGCCCGUCGACGUCGCUGCCCCGGUGGUCCGGCAGGUCCUGCGCGGCCGGAGCGGGAGUGUCUUUGUGCCGGAGAAGUUCUGGGUCGGGACGCUGUUGAGGGCCCUGCCGGACUGGGUUGGCGUCAAGUCCCGCAUCGACACGGCGAGGGCGACUGCGACGGGGUCCUAA